AUGCAGCCCUUUUUUGUCGAGAUCAGCGGCUACAAACAAAUCAAAUAUUUGCUUAGAAAGAAAAAUUUCAUUGUAAUAAAAGGAAAUCCCGGUGACGGCAAGACAACAAUUGCAGUUCAUGCAAUGUUUGAGUUGAUGAAAAUCGGAAAGCAACCUCUACAGCUUUACAGUUACAGAGAUUUUGAUGAAUGCGUUUCGCCAAAUCAAAAUCUUGCUAUUUUUAUCGAUAAUUUGUUUGGAGAGUUUUUCGUUUCAAAGGAUGACGUAGCACAAUGGUCUAGUCGAUCUAAAGCUCUUGAGGCUGCUGUGUGUGAAGGUCAUCGUAGGAACUACAUAAUAAUCGCAAUUCGUAAUGAUAUUUACCAGGAAUGCAGAAAGUUAUUGAAAUAUAACGAUUUUCUUGGAUCAAACAUGGUCGACAUUUCCUAUGGUUGCACAUUUGGACUAAGUUCCGAAGAUAUGAGAAAACUUUUUACGAAUUACACAAACUGUUCUAUUCCGGAACAUAGUUUUUUUGACAAUAUUCCAAAGCUUGGUUUUCCACAAUGCUGUCGUUUAUAUAGGGACACAAAAGAACUACAACAAAAUGGACUUCGAUUUUUCAAUAAUCCACUGGAAUUUUUGAUAGAACAAAUUGAAUUAAGAUUAAAUGGAUGUGAUAUGAAAAUGGCAGUUUUAGUUUGCAUUCUGUUGUAUGGUGGAUCCGUAAAGAGCAGUACUCUAUAUGACAACUCCUUGGAUACAGAGUUAAAAAGAACUUCGAUGAAAAUAUGCUCAGUUAAAAACAAUCUUAUAAAGUUUCAAACAGCAAUUUCCAAUAUCUCUUUCACAAAAACAGUGCAAGAACUAGAUGAGAAAGUUUUAACAUUUUCACACAGUUCCGUAAAAAAUGCUAUAUUCAGUGUAAUUGGGAAGCGUAGUCCACAUGAAUUGUUAAACCAUUGUAACUUUAGAUUACUUUCCAUGAUAACUACAUCAAGAUGUCGCAAUCAAGAGAUAGAUAGUUUAGAAAUUCCAGAUAGCUGCAUUUCAAUUGUAUGCGAUAGAAUUGGUAAUUUAUUUCAGAGUGACAUUUUUUCAAGCACUUUCCUCAAGGUGAUUUCUGAAUUGUACAUCUGGAAUGACCCACGCGUUUUUGAGAAAUGCCUUCAAUUUGACAAUUUAUUUGUCAAAGCGAUUGAUGACAAAGGUUGGUCAAUGCUGGUUUAUUUUUCGGCUGUUGGUUGUAUGAAAUGGAUCAAGCAUAUAUAUCACAAAUUUUCUGCAGACCAGACAGUACUGGCAUUAAAGGUAGCUUGUGGUGCAAACGAGCUUGAAGUGGUCAAAUAUUUUGUUUCAAUGGAGUGUGCGCCAAACAUAGAAUGUUGUUUUAGUGCUGUUAAAGGUGGUCAUUUAAAAAUCCUUUUGGAAUUGGUUUCGGCGGGUGUUGAUCUAACAGAAAAAUGUGAAACACAAACACACUGGGACACUACGACGACUGUACUAGAUGAAGCAGCAAUGCAAAACCAGUGCCAUUUGAUAGAACCACUUCUCAAUGCAUGUCCUAAACUUAUUAAUGUAAAAUCCUCAAUUGGCGCGACAGCUUUACACGUUGUUGCACAAGCUGGCGAUACAUCUCUGCUUCGAAAAAUCAUUUCAAUGCCAGAAUUUUCGCCCUAUGAUGUAUCUGAUAUCGGUUCGACAAUUCUUCAUUUUGCAUGCCAAAAUAACAAAUUAAAAGCCGUCCGAUACAUCAUCAAUGAGUAUCCACUUUUACUAUCUGAAAAAUAUUACUGCUACAGACAAGGUACAAUUUUGCAUACUGCUGCACAAAGCGGAAACGCUGAACUUUUUCAAUAUGUACUACGACAGAACAAAAAACUGUUUGAAGAAAAUGAUUUGGCAAAAAUGCAGCUGUUUCAAAAUUGUUAUGUGAUGAUAGACAAUAAAAGAGAAACAUCAGUUCACAAAUCCCAGAUUUUACACAUACGAGAUUCGGAAGGGUCUACGGUCUUGCAUAAAGCGGUAUGGUCACAAAGCAUACCACUGGUUAAAUUCAUUGUUAGUCAAGAUGUUGACAUUGUCGGAUGUAUCAAUGAUUUAGGACUGAAUGUGGUAGACUACAUGUUGGCUAGAAAGCGCACUGACGCUCAUGAAAUGCUGAUGUUUUUAAAAGACGAAUACAAUAUUGAAGAGACUAGACAUGAUUAG